AUGGCGGACGACUGGCAGACGGUGGCUGCUAAGCCUCGUCGGCAGCCAGAGACUCGGGCGUCCGCUUCACAGGGCGUAGGCAUCGAUGUGGACAAAUUUAUCUCCACGUUUAAGACGCGAGCGUGCACUGACGAGAAACACCACGAUUGGUUCCAGUGCCCCUUCUUCCACGGCAAAGUGGACAAGCGAAGAGAUCCCUUCGAGGUUGCGUACCUCCCAGAUGACGCAGGCCUCACAGGAACAGAGAAGGCAUAUCAUCCUGUGAAUUUCAGGACCAAGUAUUGUGAGACAUUCAGCCGCGCAAGGAAGUGCAAAUAUGGAGCAUAUUGUGCUUUUGCACAUGCGGAGAAUGAAGUACGACAGCCCACCCGAUAUGAAGAGGUGAUGAAGCAGAAAUUGUAUCCAUCCAAGCCUUUGCCGCAGGUGAGGGAGUUUCUUCCAGAUCUGGCCCAGAGUGUUGUGCAACCACCUGAAGUCUUGAGGCCCGGCUGCCCAGAUCCAGCCGAGCAGCGAGUGGCAGCAGUGGCAGUGUUCCUGCCAUUGAGGUCCAAGCUUGAGAAUCAGCUCAGACCACUGCAUAAGAAAUAUGGAGAGAUUGGAACGAAGCCAUACCCUCAAAAAGUCAUGGGCUUACUAUUUGACCUCUUGGAGAAGGAUGGCCCGGAGAGAUUUACAGAGAGAAAGGACUUUGAGUUGGUAGAGAUUCACCUGGACUUGGAGAAACGUCAAGUCGAGGUCUGUGCGUUGGCACUACCAGAGGUCACUCGACCGAUGCAAGUCUUCCACAGGAUCGACAGGUGGAUUCGAGACAAUGAAUAUGACACCACCAUGAACUGUGGAAGCUGCAUGGAUGACUUCAACAAACGUGAAGGUGUCACAUGCGUCGACGGACAUUUUUUUUGUGCCGAGUGCAUGGAGCGGAUGCUGAAUGCUCAGCUUCAAUCCAUCGGUUCUCAGAAGGGCAAUGUCCUUUGCGCCAUAUGCCGCAAAGAGGUGGAGGCUGAUUCCAUGCGCAAGAUCUGUGGGAAAGAGACCUGGAAGAAGUUUCAGGACGCGAUCAUCGAUGCUCGGGUGGAAGCUCGUGUCCAAAAGAUGCAGAAAGCCUUCGAUGAACGUCUCCAGAAGAAGGUAGACGAACUGAUGGAGUCCUAUGGCAAUGAGGAACACAGCAUCAAACUCCAGGCCGACAAAUAUGCUCAAGAGGCUCGCAACAGCGCACUGAAUUUGCACUGUCCGCAUUGCAAGCAAGUCUACUCCGAGUUUGAUGGCUGCAUGGCGCUGGAGUGCGCGCAUUGUAAAGGUCAUUUCUGCGGCUAUUGCCACAAGGCGCUCGCUUCUUCCCGAGGUGCUCAUGACCAUGUACGUGAGUGUGAUGCAAAUUUGACCACCAAUGGCAGCUACUAUGCCACUCCCGAGCAAAUCCGCGAAGGGCAACGCCGUUUCCGGGUGAAGCAGCUGAAGAAGUUCUUCGAAGAGAAACAAAUGAAACAGAGAAUCAGGAAUGCCACUAUCAUUGAACUCGGAAGAGAUCUCGAUGAUUUGGGCGUUGAACCAGCUGCACUUUUUAACUUUGGCAAUUUGCAGGGUUAG